AUGACAAUUCCUAAUAUUGUUCGGUCUUGGCUCUUUCAAGGUUUCCAAAUUCCAUCUGUUCUAUUCGGUAUCUCUAGUCUCUAUUACUUACUCACAGAUCGGGGACUUCGAAAUGCACUUAACAAUCAUGUUAUUAUUGCCAUGGUCUUUGUUGGUCUUAUCUUGCAAUUUAUCGAUGUUACGGCGCUCAUUUACACCGGUCGUACUGGCACUGUACUAGUAUCUACACGAGCCUUUUGUUUUACCUGGGCAUCCGUCCAUGCCAUCGGGGUUGUAGGAGUAGUAAAUCUGAUGGCUUGGGCGUCGAUUGAACGUCAUAUUCUUAUCUUUCAUCCAAAUUUGGUUCGUACAAAAACAAACCGAUUUUUUCUUCAUUAUUUCCCAUUGAUUAUAUGCAUGAUGUGUCCUGGCGUAUUUUAUAUUACUAUGUACUUCAUUGUACCUUGUUCUAUUACAAUGAAUUACAAAACAGUAGAUUGUGGUUUGUAUUCCUGUGUUGUUGCUAACCCGUCAGUUGGAUUUGUGGCCCUUAUUAUACGUGUGUUGGCUAGCAAAUGCCGCGCUCGUCAACGAAUUCAAUGGCGUAAUUACAGAAGAAUGGCAGUACAACUGUUAUCAAUAUCCUUUCUCUAUAUGUCUCUAUGGUGUCCGUCAAUUUUCUUAUAUACCGCUUAUUUACUCGGUUUAUCACGAAAUAUAGGUGCCAGUUACUAUCCUGAUAGCAACUAUUUUAAUUACUAUGCUAUAAUACUCACUCCUAUUGUAUGUGCUCUCUCAUUACCUGAACUUCGAACGAAAUUCAAAAUAUGCUUUCCAUGCUGUCGAAGACGUCGUGCUGCUGUUGGUCCACAAGCAUUGAUGAUGACUCGUACAAAAGCAGGUCCAAUAGCUGGUCCAACAGCUGCAAUAGCAACAAUUGCUCAAUAA